UUGACUUUCGGACAACCCAUAACCGGGGGAAGGGUGCUGGGAAGCACGGAAAAGAGAAUCAUGCGGUCAGCGAAGAUUGAAGAACUGAACAGGCAAGAGAGAGAGGGAAAGGUUAAGGAGAGAGAGAUGGAGAGGUCAAUCUCAUCGUAGGUUCCAAAGCAGUGUCUGCAAGCGAAAAUGGCGGAUUAACUGUUCGGUCGUCCCCGCUUUUGUCCUCUGCUCCCCAUCCCAUCCAUUAAUUUAUCACUAUUAUACGUUCAAAAUUCAUUCUUGUCAUUAUUAUUAUUAUCAUCAUUUCACAGAUCGAAUUCUUCUCUCUUCUUGCCACAACAACUACACGGUUUAACGGAGUUCUACAAUGGCCCACUUUUAGGGAAUGAAUUGUGUCAGUUCUAAAGGAAAUGCUUGUUUGUGGACUGCAUACAUAGGGUGUAUUUGGGCAAAUGAUUGAUGGUUGUUGAGGUACCUUUUGAGUAAUGGAUUCAGCUAGGAGUUGGUUUCAGAAGUUUCAGCCACGAGAUCGGUUGAGAUCUGCAUCCAAGAACAAGGAAGGCACUUCAAUGGAAAAAGAAGAUUCAAAUCCGUUAUCAGCUGAAGAAGCCUCGAAUAUUACAAAGCAGAAGGCUGCAGCGGCAAAGCAGUAUAUAGAGAACCAUUACAAGGAGCAGAUGAAGAAUCUGCAGGAGAGGAAGGAGCGGCGAAAUUUACUGGAAAAGAAGUUGGCUGAUGCUGAUGUCUCUGAGGAAGAUCAAAACAACCUACUAAAAUUCUUGGAGAAGAAGGAAACUGAAUACAUGCGUCUUCAGAGGCAUAAAAUGGGUGCUGAUGAUUUUGAGCUUCUGACUAUGAUUGGAAAGGGUGCAUUUGGGGAGGUAUAUAUUUUCAGUCAGAGUUUAUUGAGUAUUACAACUGGUCAUGUAUAUGCAAUGAAAAAGCUUAAGAAAUCUGAGAUGCUUCGUAGAGGCCAGGUUGAGCAUGUGAAAGCUGAAAGAAAUCUGCUUGCGGAGGUGGAUAGCAAUUGCAUUGUCAAAUUAUAUUGUUCUUUUCAAGAUGAUGAGUUUCUAUAUCUGAUAAUGGAAUAUUUACCUGGUGGAGAUAUGAUGACUCUCCUUAUGAGGAAGGAUACAUUGACCGAAGACGAGGCCAGAUUUUAUGUUGCGGAAACAGUUUUGGCUAUUGAAUCAAUUCAUAAACAUAAUUACAUUCAUAGAGAUAUUAAGCCUGAUAACUUGUUGCUUGACAAAUAUGGUCACCUAAGGCUAUCAGAUUUUGGACUCUGUAAACCUUUAGAUUGCAGCACUCUUGAAGAGAAGGAUUUUUCAGGGGGGGACAGCUUUAAUGGAACUUCACAAAACAGUGAACGUCCUUUAGCUCCAAAGCGCACCCAACAAGAGCAAUUGCAGCAUUGGCAGAAAAACAGGAGGACGCUUGCUUAUUCUACUGUUGGUACACCUGAUUACAUUGCUCCAGAAGUUCUGUUGAAGAAAGGUUAUGGGAUGGAAUGUGAUUGGUGGUCACUUGGUGCUAUUAUGUUUGAAAUGCUCGUGGGAUAUCCCCCUUUUUAUUCGGAUGAUCCUAUGUCAACAUGCAGAAAGAUAGUAAACUGGAGAACACAUCUAAAAUUUCCUGAAGAAGCUAAGUUAACUCCAGAAGCAAAAGACCUUAUUAGUAAAUUACUGUGUAAUGUCAACCAGAGGCUGGGUUCAAAAGGCGCAGAUGAAUUAAAGGUUCAUCCCUGGUUUGAAGGUGUUGAUUGGGAUAGAAUAUACCAAAUGGAGGCCGCAUUCAUUCCUGAGGUCAAUGAUGAGUUGGAUACUCAAAACUUUGAGAAGUUUGACGAGGCUGACAACCAAACUCAAACUUCAUCAAAAUCAGGUCCAUGGAGAAAGAUGCUCUCGUCCAAGGACAUUAACUUCGUUGGGUAUACAUAUAAGAACUUUGAAAUUGUCAACGAUUAUCAAGUGCCUGGGAUGGCUGAACUGAAGAAGAAAAACACCAAACCUAAGAGGCCAACCAUCAAGACACUCUUCGAAGAUGAGUGUGAUUCAUCAGAUACAGCUGGUAAUGAGUCGGUGCAUGGGAGCUUUUUGAAUCUCUUGCCUCAUCAACAAGAAGAUUCUGUAAAACGGAAAGGAUCUGCUUGACCUUGCCGAUCCCACCAUACCCUCUGAUGGCCAAGGUGCUAAUUGACUUAUUUGACUUUCAAGUUUUGCAGAUUUUAGUCCUCGAUUACCGUUAUUGUACAUGUGGAUUGGUGACUUAGUUUGACAGGAAGAUUGAGAUGUGAUUGGGAGUUUGAUUUCAAAAGGCCUACAGAGAGAGCUGCUGGAGUUUGAUCAAAGCCCUUCAUUGUCGUUUGUUUUUGAUCAGUUUUUGUUCAACACAGAGCACGUGUGGAAGUACUGAUUUAUUUGAUAUGUAUUUUUUUUUUUAACAUUUUAUUUUGGUGAAUGUAAAAUGUUGUAUACCAAAACAGAAUCUUCCACCGAUGUCAAAUAUAAAAAGCUUACUUGUAUUAUUGCUGUUAUUAA